UGGUGGUGCCAGCUCCUGUACCACACCCCAACACACUCCCUCGCUCACCACCUAAACAAAUUGCACCACAAACUUAAAAAGAAUAAUCACAAAAGUGACCAACAAAACAAUUUACCAAGUGGUAAAUACAGUUAUAAACGUUUCUGCUACUGUGACAAUAAUGAGGUACUAAUUUAUUUAAUAAUGAAGUCGAGCAAGAAUCCUUCAUUCAACAGAUGAAUCUGAAACAAGCAUGUUGACUUGAAAAUUUUGGUGGUCAUUACACAGACGUUCUUGACUGGUGUUUGAGGGAGUGUAAUAAGAUACAAGGAUACAGUAGGUCAGAAUGUACGUGAAUAUUAACUCACGUGUGUUCGAAAGGUGGUUAAGUAAGUUUAUUUAGGCACAGAUACACAUAUGUACAACUAUCAUAUACAGAAAAUUACACAGGAUAACCCCAAAAAAAGGUCAAGAGUGACUUUGUUGAGUUCACUGGUGGUUCUGUGUACUCGAGGAGUGAGCUCGUUGCUGUGAUCAUGACUUGCCUCAUUCUCACUCUCACUCUCAUCACUACAUAUCUCAUCCAAGCUCAAGUCCAGGGCCAGUCGCGGGGUCAAAACAGCUUGGGACUCCAACAUGAGGACAUGGACGAUGGAGACUUCCAGGACCCCCGGAGACACGGUAAUGGCUUUUCCCGUGGGUUCGAAAGGGAUGUGUUCGACAGACGUGAUUUCGAUAGCCCUGGAUUUCGAAAUCCCGGGUUCGAUAAUCGCAAUUUCGAUAGCCCUGGAGUUCGAAAACCUGGGUUCGAUAACCAUGAUUUUGAUGGUCCUGGGUUCGAUGAUUUUGAGCUGGAAGGUCCCGGGUUGAACUCGCCCGAAGCGAGGUUGCCUCCGGAUGAACGUACAGAUAAAGGAGUGAACACAAUGCUGAAUGUGGACCACCUGAACGUCCCUCCAGGCAACUUGACAUGCUACUCCUGCAAGCUGGACUUCCGAAAGGCGGUCUACCAGUGGAACCACCCGUGCCUCGGCCGACACAACGGUAUGAACGUCAGUGCCGACUACUUGGUGGCUUGUGGUCCUAAUGACAUCUUUUGCAGGGUGGAGAGGACGGAGGUGAAUGGAGUGUUGAUAACCCUCACCAGGGAGUGCACAGAUGUUUGCUACUUCGGCUGCCGACCCAAGGGCUUCGGCAUCAGCUACGAGUCAUGUGCCAAGUGCUGUACCAUCCACGCUUGUAAUGAUAUGUACCCACUCAGUAGAGCCUCCACUGAUACAUGGCCCUCAGCAUUCACACUCCUGGCCUGGUGCCUUGUCAUAUUCAGCCGACAGAAAGUUUCAGUGUGAGAACACUGCAGCGACGCACACUACGAACUGAAAUUAAAUACCUCAACAUUUUUACUGGUUAUCUUAGUGUCCGAAUAAUGCUGGGAUCUCCAGCUCAAAUGGACUUGAUUUUGAGACAACAUUAUCAUACCCGGGCUGGUUGGGUUAUUAGGUUGAAAGCCUAUCGACUACGCUCUAGUCAUUUUAAGGAUACUUAUGACCCGUUGCUCUAUAGCCCUUGUGGCUUAGCGCUUCUUUUUUAUUAUAAUAAAUUAUCACCCGUUCACUAUUUUAGAAUGUUUUAAUCCCUAAUAUACUCCAUUUAUGCAAUUUUUUUAGGUGCUAACUUUCAUUAUUUUGCAUCCAGAAUAUCCUAUAAACCUAACUCAUUGUUAAAAUUUACAUAAUAUAGUUUAAUUUUGCUAACUUAUCUAAGAACUGACAAAUACAUUUUAUCAAAUAUAUUUAUUUUUUCCCGUUUCCCUUGAAUUUGUGAAUAUAGCCACAAUACCCUUACUAUCAUAUGUGUGGUGACUAAUGAAAUUUUGCUAUGAUACUCCUCAACUCAGGGGCUUUUGUAUAGAUCACUCUUUGCCUUAGCAUUUAGACCUAAUGAUGUAAUGUAUCCAUAAACCUCAUAUUCCUAAAUAAAUCCUACAUAUGAGAUUUUGCAGAUGAGGUCACAUAGUGGUGAAUUCACGUCAUGCAUAUACUGCUGGUAAAUUGUAAGGUAGUAAUAAUGUACUGUUCACAGGCUGCGACAAGUGUUUGAAGAAUUUUGAGAUGCUGGGGCAGAUAAUUUUUUUUUUAUCGCUUUCCUGUCGAAAAAGACCGUGGAGCCAAGAGGAUAGUGGUAAUCAAAAAAUGAAAACUGAAAGGUAUGUUACCAUACCUUUCAAUGGAGAGGCUUUUGAUCCAAGGAACUAGAUAAUUCCUCCCCUCCUAUGAUCGAACCCGAUUGCUUCCCAUUCCCCAAUCUUUAAGCUGACAUUUCUGUACACAUUUUAUUUAAUUUUAUCAAAGAAAUACACAUUUACAUUUUUAAUAAACAGCUAAUUUAAUAUAUUUUUAGUUAGAUUCGAAGGAACAAGAAUGAACACUGCACUAGGCUUACUAGCCCAUGUUAGGUCCAAUUAACCACAUUCAGUUCAUAGCUGCCCACCUUCUAUUUGAAGCUUCAUAAAUAUUAUUAUUAAAUUUAGUGGAGAGCUAAAUCUGUUGGGGUUAUACAGUACCUGGGAAAUGGGAAGCAAUCAGGUUCAAUACAAGUCCAAUUCCUUGCAUCAAAAGCCUGACCAUCAAAGUAUCUUCAGUGGGGGGUCAUAAACAUUGAGAUACUCAGGUUAAUACGCGUACAAUACAAAUACGAAAAUAUUACUUACACUAGCAGUAAUGGCGGACAUCUUUUAGCCCGCUAAAUGCCAUACCACGGCAUCAUUCAUCCAGUCACUUCGCAAAUAUUAAGAGUUCGUAUUUUGUUCGUCUUCAUCGUGUCAGGUACAGCUAGGUUGAUCAAGACGGGUCAUGACCUGUUUUCUCCUUCAUUGUCUCUACUGUGUAAGGGCAGGUUUCUCCUGGAAGACAAGUCGCCAGACCCGGAAACUUUCUACCAGUGUGAAUAUCAGAGACGCUGUAUACCCGCCACUUACACGUCAAAUUACCAUCUGCGUAUAUCUUAACAUUUUUUCUUCUGUCAGAUGACAUGUGUCUUUGGUGAUCACAAUGCAAAUUUGUGACAUGUUUGUCCCACACAAACACUAUAGCUAGACGAGAGAGUGGAUGUGACCAGCACUGUGAUGGACGCAGCUGUAAACUCUGUAACAAGAUUAUUAUUACAGUCUUGGGUGCGCUAAACCCAUAGAAGACCUAUAGCAACAUUCUCAAAUUUAAACGUAUAAUAAGCAUGAUAUUUGUUUA